GUUGCAGUAACGUGUCCUUUGAUAGAACAUUGCCGCAGAAAAAGGUAAUAAUUCAACACAUGACAAGCGAGAUGUAAUACGUUCAAUGUGAAGUUGAUUUCAUUAAGUGAAAGGCAAAAUAUGAAAAUUAGUCAUGUGUUGCUCCUUAGUUAUUUUUGUGGUGUGUGGGGUGCGAUGUGUUCCUAAGCCAGAACUACCACUACUCCAAUGAUAAACGUCUUGAAUUCUCUCCCCUGGACCAACAGCAAGACAGAUAAUCUGCAAAUUUCGCAUACAUAUUUAUACAGCAUUUAGCUUGUAAUUGAAUAUAAAAACAAUGAAUUGAAAGGUGUAUGCAUUUAUUUUCAGUGUAAAUUUUUGUUUAGAUGAAGCUUAUCAGACGCUUAUAUAUAAUGAAUGCGUCAACCACUUCUGUCCUUCACCAAACUCAAUAUGUUCAGACGGGGCGGGAGAAUUUUGAAUCGUCGAAUUUUUGGAGCAGGAAUCUCGGCUUUCCGUGUACAAGGUCGUAAAUGUGCGAGCGAUUUGUCUAAAGCAUUGGCAUCAGGACCAAAAUUUUCAGAUUUCUUGAAAGGCGACAAGGAAGAGCAAUUGAAGCCAGAAGAAGCCUAUGAGCUUGAAGAAAAUGUUGUGCUCCCAAAUGGCUCCGUCCACAAACGUUUGCCAUCCUGGUUGAAGACAAAGGUUCCUUUGGGUACCAAUUUCAACAAAAUCAAAAAUGACCUGCGUGGUCUUAACUUGCACACCGUUUGCGAGGAGGCACGCUGUCCCAACAUGGGCGAAUGUUGGGGUGGAAAAGAUAAAACACGCGCUACGGCCACAAUUAUGUUGAUGGGUGAUACGUGUACUCGUGGAUGCCGAUUCUGCUCUAUCAAAACCAGUCGCAAGCCGCCGCCUUUGGAUCCAAACGAACCGGAGAAGACUGCUGAAGCCAUCAAACGAUGGGGUUUGGGCUACGUGGUUCUCACGAGUGUGGAUCGUGACGAUUUGGCAGAUGCUGGCGCGAGUCAUAUUGCAAAGACAAUCAGUUUGAUUAAAAGCAAGGCUCCGCAGGUGCUUGUGGAGGCAUUGACACCAGACUUUUCAGGUAAUCUGGACUUGGUUUCCCAUGUUGCCAAAUCUGGUUUAGAUGUGUUUGCACACAAUGUCGAGACUGUUGAGGAAUUGACCCCAUUUGUGCGUGACCGUCGGGCCAACUUCAGACAAAGUCUUCGAGUGCUCAAGCACGCUAAGUCUGUGUCGCCUCACUUAAUUACCAAAACCAGUAUCAUGCUUGGUUUGGGCGAGACUGAUGAAGAGAUUGAAGCUACGUUGGGCGAGCUUCGUAAAAAUGAAGUUGACGUUGUCACGUUCGGCCAGUACAUGCGUCCUACGAAACGUCACAUGAAGGUGCAGGCUUAUAUAACACCUGACAAAUUUGAGCACUGGCGCAAGCGUGCUGAAGAACUUGGUUUCCUUUACGUUGCUAGUGGACCAUUGGUUCGUAGCAGUUAUAAGGCCGGUGAGUUUUACUUGACAAACAUUUUGAGACGUCGGACGGCAGCGAAGGCGCAGGCUGAUCAUUAAGCUUUUCGAAACCUUUCAUGUUUAUGGCUUUUCUGUUUUUUUUUUCCUUUUGUAUCGUUGCUGGUCGACUGUUGGGUUCAUUCCCCUGUCUUAACUCAUUUUAAAUCCCCUCUUUCGUUUACCGGUUCCUCUAGUUUUUUGCAUAAACGGUUCUUCAACGAAUCAUUACAUUGUCAAUACUCAUAACGCUUGCUAAUGUUGAAUAUGUUGUACUGAAUUUCAGCCAUACUUUGUUCGUCACUUCAACAUCUUUCGAUACAAAUUAUGCUCUAUCUCUCUCUCUCUCUCUCUCUUUGAUAGAAUACCAUUUGAAACUCUUACAUACAUGUGCUCCUGUAUUCACUAUUAUUCUUUUCUUAGUGUACAUAGCUCAGUCAGGGCACUGCUUAUGCACUGCUCAUAGGAAGGACUGGCAAGGGCAAAGGGAAGUGGAUUUGUGGAGUGAGUGACAACGCUUAACUGUUCCUUCCCGGGCUUGGAAAGAAAACACAGAAGUAAGGUGUGUUUGGGGUUUUGUAAUUCACCGAAGACGUUUCCCGUCGACGAUGGAAUUGUACGGUCUAUACCGAUUACAUGGCUAUAACCGCCUUUAUACGAGCAUGAAGAAACGGCAUCUUUCCAAGACUGAGCUCGCCGAAUGGUGUAUCCCCAAUACAAACCGCCUUUUUCUCUUGGUGCCGAGCUGGAAACAACAUCGCCUUCAAAGCAAUCGCUGUUUAAGGACGACUUUGCUGUCUUUUUGGGUACUUGUUUCAGACUGACCGUGACACGAGUCCCUCUCGGAUACUUUCCCGGCACACGGACUGGCUUGUCCAAGCCUGCAUAAACAAGCGUUUUAUUACGAACAUAUGGCUCGCUUCCCUCGACAACGCCCUCACGGUAACGUACGCUUUGUGCCGAAGUUGUAAGCGUACUGUGAUGAGGAAAUGCGAGCAGUGGAAACGAGCUUGUGAACCGUAACGCAGGGUUAAGAGGAAAUAACGCCUUUCGUAAGUACGGAGGUGCUUCUAAGUAGGAGAGCAGUGUUUCCACGAACUCGGUGCAGUUUUUUACUUCUAAUGCACCAGCGGCUUCUUUCUUGGGUUCAACUAAAAUCACCUCCGUGACAUUAAAUGUCAAUAAAAGACCAGCAAUCUAAAAAAGGGUGUUAGUUGUUGGUUUAAGGGAAGAGUUCAUUUGGUAGGAGCAGCAACGGAACUUAGUCUGCUGUCGCUCGUCUCACUCAUUCUUACCCGCCAAACGAGGGCCGUUCUUAAGAGCAGAUUUGUUUCAUGCAGGACACAUCCUGUGUCAAUUGCAAGGGAAACCGUGGAUUUUUUUGAGCCAGUAGCUUUUGUCUUCUGCUUUUUUGAAGGAGGUGCUUUGGCUGAAACCGUGAAUUCAUCAGAAACGGUUCUGAUUGUGGGAAUAACAAAACUCGACAUGUAAAAAAACUAGGAGAACAAAUGUUCAAACAAAAAAAUCCAAAAAAGCAGCACCUAAAAAAAUAAAAUUGGCAGAGGAUGAUCACGAAUAACCGGUGACCAAAAAACCAAAACGAACGAUUGUAAAAGAAAAGCGUGCAACAAAAGACGAAUCAAUAUGGAUUAUAACAGAGUUGGCGGUCAAGCCUUGUUUCUCCUUUGUGUUUUUGAUGGAUACCUGACGGUUACUAGUAAGGUACGAGACAGAAAUUCUUCCUCCAAGAUCAAUACCCGGGACCACAGCGCUCUAUUUUGCUUCUGUUAAUUUGAAAGUUUUGGUGUAGCAUAAUAAUGAGGGGCAGCGCAGACGACAAAAGC